AUGCCAAAUUGCUUGCCACUAAUGACCGAUUUAUACACAUAUGACAUACCCAAGCAGACUUUGGACCUGCUAGAGCUCAUGGUUUUUGACUCGUGGAUGGCAGAAGUGCCAGUAGCACAAGAAAGCAAAGAGAAUCAUCCUCCAAAAGAAAAAGAGAACGACAAGAAUCGAUGUCAAAAAUGUAAUAUUCUACUUAUUGGCUCCGAUGCUGAGCGGAGAAACCAUUAUAAAGGCGAUUUCCACAGAUAUAACUUGAAAAGAGGUACAGAGGGCUUGCCGCCACUUUCUGAAGAGGAAUUCGAAAAUAUACUAGAGCAAGGCUCGAUGGAAAGUAUAUCAGGAUCUGAUAGCGAUAGUGAUUACGACUCACAAUUCGAAAAAAGCAAAUCCCCUACGCCUAAAUUGACUGACAUGGUCGAAAAGCUUGGCCUCGAUAACAUGGAGACCUCUUCAGUAAGUCACUUGAACACAAGGUCACCAUAUAUUUAUUUCAAGUCCCAUCAAUUGCCCCAAGAUAAAGUCUAUGCUGUAUACAAGGCAUUGUUCAGCGAUAAGGACUUGACUGAGGAUCCGAAAGAAGCAUUAAAACGGUGGUCUAGUCCUCCGUAUAAAAACGGAAAAUCAGCACUUUUGAUGAUUGGUGGUGGUCACUUUGCUGGAGCAAUUGUCUCUCAUACUCGUAAAAGUGUCCACGGAAAUGCCCCAAACAGCAAGAUUUCGAAAGAAGAACAAGCGGUAGAACUUUUGGCAAACAAGUCGUUUCACAGAUACACUACAAGACGGAAACAAGGUGGCUCUCAAAGUGCUAGCGAUAACGCACGGGGCAAGGCAAAUUCAGCAGGUUCCAGUAUCAGACGAUACAACGAGCAGGCAUUGAUUCAGGAAGUCAGAGCACUACUCACAAGCUGGCGAGGUAUGCUUCAAGAAUGUGAUAAUAUUUUCAUCAGAGCCAACGGUGCUUCCACAAGAGGCAUUUUGGUCGGAUACGAAGGUGCACCUUUAAAGUCCAGUGAUCCACGAAUCCACAGCUUUCCAUUCACCACUAAGCGUGCCACAACUUCAGAGCUCAAAAAUGCAUGGGCGAAACUCACAACCAUAUCAAUUCAAGACGUUCCCAAGUCCGACGAGAGGAGCCGCCAAAGACUUCAACAGCAAUUAGACAGCCUCUCAAAAUCAACCACAAAAACCACGAAGGUUCGCGAAGAAGAGUCCAAAGAAGUGCAGUCGACCAAUGAAAUUAUCAGUCUACUCAAACGUUCGAAAGCACCUCUUUUGAUCAGCUAUUUGAAAAAGAACAGUAUACUGCCCAAUUUCGAACUUGAACCCAAAGCAAACUUCAAGCAUUAUCCCACACCAUUGCAUUAUGCUUCCGCACAUGGCUAUACGCACAUGAUCCAGGUAUUAUUGGUGACUUUAAAAGCAGACCCAACUAUCGUCAAUGAAUUUGGAAAGAACCCAGCUGAUCUUUCUGCGAACGCAUCCACCAGAAGAGCUUUUCAAAUCGCCAGAAACAGUCUUGGAGAGAGCUAUUGCGACUGGAAGAACGCCAGUGUUGGCAGCCCCAUGUCUAGAGAGGAUGUAGCCAAGGAGGAAGCCGCAGAAGAAAUGAAACAAAAAACUGAAAAAAGGCAGCUACUUGAGGAAAGCUUAGCAAAAAAGACUGAAUUAGAGAUGAAAAAACCCUCGAUCCAAUCGAAUGGAACCGUUGGAGGCAGCAAAAUAUUGACGGCUGCUGCCGACUUGAAUGCUUUGACUCCUGAGCAAAAGAUGAGAGUCAUGAGAGAACAAAGGGCUCGAGCUGCUGAAGCCAGGUUAAAGGGAAAAUAA